AUAGCACAUCACCAACGGAAAACAAUAACAAAGGAUUAAAAACUAAGCUAUUGUAUUUAAUUUUCACAAUUUCACGAUGUCGUGGUUUAAUCUUUGGGAUGGAUUAAAAACAAAGACCUGUAGAUACCUGUUACAGAGGUAUCUAGGUCAGUUCUUUGAAAAUAAUCUGAAUCUAGAACAAUUGAAAGUUGAUCUUUACAAUGGAAAAGCAGUAGUUGAAAAUAUAUCACUAAAGGUUAAGGCUCUCAAUGAUUUGUUUGAAGAUCAAGGCUGGGCUUUUGAAGUGAUUUCCGGGCAUAUUGGAUGUUUAACGGCAAUGGUACCGUGGAAUGCUCUUAUGACAAACGAUAGUUCUCUUAAUGUUUCAAAUUUGACAAUAACUUUAAGACCAGUGACACGUUGUCAAAGUGGAACAACUAUGUUAGAAUCGAUGUGGUCAUCCGUUAGUAGUUCAAUGCAAAUGGCGGAGGAAUGUAUGAAACAAAUUGAUGAUGACAUACCAUUUUUAAACCACAACAAUACCUUAAUUGGAUUGGAAAAGUUUGCUGAAACUAUUGACAAUGUUCUUAAUCGAAUACAUGCAAACUUAACUAACACAACGAUUAAUAUCGAAUAUAUGCUACCUAAAUCAUCAAAGAAGCUGAUUAUAUCAUUUAAAGCACACCAUAUUGAGUAUAAAAAUCAAACUGGAUAUGAAAAAAAUUUUUCAUCACAUGAGGAAUUAAGUAAUACCGAUAACACAGAUCAAGCAGCUAAUAUGAUAUCAUUGCCGAUGAUAGCUAAGCACAAUCUAGUAACUUAUGACUUAACGAUUCAUACUUCCGAAAUAACAAAAACGGAAACUAAUACAGCGGACUUGAAGUCUAUUGGACGACUUUGUAAAAUUGUUGAAUUUAAGGGAUGUCAAAAUUUUAAAAUAAGUAUUAAGCAAACCGAAAAUAUUGUUGGUCCGAAAAUUAACCUGGAAGUUACAAUAGACGAUAUUUAUUUUAUGCUUACCCCACGUCAAAUACAUAUGUUAAUUCGAAUUUUUAAAGGGUUUGAUAAAGUACGACCAAAAGAUAAGUUGAUAAAGAAAUAUACUGAUUCAAAAACUGAAGUACAUAAUACACAUUUCCCUACAAAAAUGUCUGGCCUUGUUGAAAAAGAUAAGGAAUGGUGUGCUGAAGAUGGAUAUAGAAAAUCAGAGUAUAUAUAUAAUGAUAAAAAGAAGUCAAAAAAAUGCGAAUCUAUAAUAUCUUCAACGUCUACAAACAGCCUAACAACAUCAUACAGCAACGCUCAAAGAAAUGAGGAAAUUGAUGAAAAAUCUGGUGAAAUUUUAAAGUUUAAAUUGCAAAUAUAUAAAAUUGUAGGUGUUUUCUUGCAUACCGAUAUUCUCUUUGAAAGCACAUCCCAUCAUAUUGGGUCUAGCUGUAUAUAUACUAAUCAAAGUUUCGCGACAUAUUUGGAAACUGCUAGUUAUUUUUUUCAAACCGCAACUAUCGAAAAAAAUGAGAAAGAAUGCCAUAUUCCAAUACCAAACAAUAAUUAUCUGUUGCUAAUGAUCUCAUCAUUAUUAGUCAGUGGAAAUCAAAAACGAUUUUGUAAUGAACUGACUUUAAAAACAACAUUAUCAGCAACGAUGUUUGACUUCUGUGAAAUUCUUGAUAACACCAACACUCAUUUAAUUUUGUUUGACAGAAAAAAAAACUGUCAAGACGGAUAUCACACUCGACCCGAAAUUGUUCUGUCCCAUAUUUCGUCGUGUCUUUUCAAGCAAAACUAUAAUAUAAGUAACAACAAAAUUGAAUGCACGAUUGACGACUGUAUUGUAGAGUUUGAUAUAUCAAUUUAUGAUAGAAUUAGUUCGCUAUUAGGCAUAUCUCCAUUCAUAAAUCAGGAUGAUACAGAUGAAUGCAUUUCGGAAAAUGGAAAUCCAAUGGAUAUGCAAAUUAAGUGUAACUACUUAAAGUGUAAUUUGAGGUUUCCAGUGAACGGAGGUUUACCUAGAGACAGCGAUAAAUUUGAAGGGUUUCAGAAAAAUAUAAGAAAGGACUAUUUCUUAUUUGAUUUACAAAAUAUAUUAAUUGAGUGGAAAUUAUAUAUUAGUAUAUUUGUUGACAACAUCUAUGGAUAUUACUGUUAAUGAAGAAACGAAAAA